UUGGAUCACCAAAUCACCCAAUAAGUUGUUAGCUACUUAUUCGGCCAGCUAUUCUGAAUAGUUCGAGUGUUUGAUCCAGCUAGUGUAAGUAGUGAGUUAGCUAGCUAGUUUGAACGAUCAAUAUGCCCAGGGACAGGGACCCUCUUGUUGUGGGAAGAGUCAUAGGGGAUGUUUUGGACCCCUUUACAAGGUCUGUUUCUCUCCGGGUGACUUUCGCUACCAGGGAGGUUAACAAUGGUUGUGAGCUCAAACCUUCCCAAGUUGUCACCCAACCUCGAGUUGAUAUAGGUGGGGAGGAUCUUAGGACCUUCUAUACUCUGGUCAUGGUGGAUCCUGAUGCACCUAGCCCAAGUGACCCCAACCUGAAGGAAUAUAUGCAUUGGUUAGUCACUGAUAUUCCUGCAACAACUGGGGCAAGUUUCGGCCAAGAGAUUGUGUGUUAUGAAAGUCCACGGCCAACAGUGGGGAUUCAUCGCUUUGUUUUUGUGUUGUUCCGGCAGUUGGGAAGGCAAACCGUGUAUGCUCCAGGAUGGCGCCAAAACUUUAACACCAAAGACUUUGCCGAGCUCUACAAUCUUGGAUCACCAGUGGCUGCGGUUUACUUUAACUGCCAAAGGGAAAGUGGCUCCGGCGGAAGGAGAAGAUAAACUCUUGCUAAUUUCUCUCUUCAUAUCAGUGGCGGGUUCAAGUGAUGAUUCCAAGAAGGGACUAAAUUUUAGAAGAAAUACUAAGGAGGUGUGUUCAAUUCAGAUUCUAAAUGAUUCUGAUUGAUUUUUUUAUAAUCCGUGGAUUUUCGUGGAUUCUAUAGAAUCCGCGAAUUGUUUUAAUUCCACAUAUAUUUAAACAGAUUUUAAUGUAUUGUGUUA